UAUGUCAUAACCCAAAGGAUAGGCAAACACAUUCAAGAUUUUACCAUACCAAUUUAUCCACGUCUUAGAUUGUAAUACCAAUGUCACAAGAGUUGAGAUCGGUCCACAAACAUUUAUCCGUCAAGACCAUGAAUAAGUAUGAAUGAAAUAACAACAAAGGUUACGUCUGGAUAGCUCCCUCAAAAAAUGAUUGUGCUCCCAAAAUAAUAUUAUUGUAUAAUUGAAAACCCUAUUGUGAAGGAUAAAGAUGGAUAACCAACUCAAGAUAGAUAUGGGUAAUACUAAUCAUCAUAUUUUUAGUUAAUUUAUUGUUCUACAUGGUGAACGAGAGAUUCGUUUUUUUGAAUAGUAUAGUACUCCAUUCCCUCUCUAUCCUAAAGAAAACUUACUAUAAUAGCCAACAAAACUCACUGUAGUAAAAGAAGGAAGUGCUUUGAAAAUUGAGGCACAACGUAAUUUUAAAAGUGGAGAAAAUGAAAUGUAUCUUAUUAUCAUAAUAAUAACUCAGUUUAGCAGGUGACUAAUACUUAUUCAAAGGCCCAGCCACUUAUUACCCAAGAAUUGAAGAAAAAAUUCUCGGAUAAAUUGAUUCAAUUCUAAUCAAAGAGAAUUAAGCAAUUCUUAUUAGAGCAAAAUAAGAAGAAACUGAUUCUAAUGGAGUUAUUAGAAAAUCAGGAGAACAAUGGUUGAUUAGAACUCCUGGAUAUUAUUUACCAUAAGUAUAUGAAGAGUUUGUCAAAAUAAUUGAUGCUGAAAUUUUGGAUAAUAGAAAGGCAUUGCAUUUAAAGGCAAUUUAGACUUUUAAAGAUGUUUAUUGUAAUUUAUUUGUUUUAUUAUUUAUAGCUAUUGAAAGAAAAGCGGGAGAAGAAUAUUUGAUAACAUCUGAAUAGACAUCAGCACAUAUUGUAGAUGUAUUUGAAGAAUUGGUUACAGUGAUAAAUUUAACAGUCUUAGAUCCAAGACAAUAUUGUAUAAUAGAGAAUCCAUUUGAUUUUGAAACAUAAAGAAAUAAAUUUGGAUCUAAAGUACUUGUUGAAGGUCCAAGAAGCUUUUUCCUUAGACCUAAUGAAUCAUUGUAAUAUGGAAUUUAAGAUUCAUAUAUCUUAUCAGAGGAUCAAGCAUUGCUUUUAAGAGCUAAGGAGAAAUGCAAAUUCACUGAAAAGAAAAUUGUUAAAAAUAAUCAAUUUGAAGAAGUUGAAGUAGAAUAUGAACCAGGUAAUAAAUGGAUGAUUCAUGGUCCAUGUAUCUAUACACCACCCAUAGUUGUUGAAGUAGUUGAAAAGAGAGAGAGAAUCCCUCUUGAUAAAAAUGAAGGUGUUUAUGUUAGAGACACAAGAACAGGUUAAGUUAGAACUGUCUUUGGAGAAUCAUAUAUGUUGAAAUCUCAUGAAGAAUUAUGGUCUAUGGAAUUGCCUAACAAUGUUGAAUAAUUAUUGUCAUCUCAAUAUUUCCAUACAGGAGGUAAAAGAGAUAAAUGGAAAGUUGUUAGUUACAGAGCUCCAUUCAAUACAUCAGUUUAGGUUUAUGAUUACAAGACCAAGAAGACAAGGAUUGUUUUUGGUCCUGCUUUGGUAUCCUUAGAACCAGAUGAAGUCUUUACUUAAUUAUCCUUAUCUGGUAAGACACCAAAGACUCCUGGAAUUGUCAACACAUUACAUGUUAUGAUGGGUCCAGAAUUCUCUACUGAUGAAAUCACUGUAGAAACAUCUGAUCAUGCUGUUUUGAAAUUAUUAUUAGCUUAUAAUUGGAGAUUUAAGGUAGAUGAAAGUAACAUUGAAUCUGCUUCCAAAAUCUUUGCUGUCAAAGAUUUCAUUGGAGAUCUCUGUAAUCAAAUGGCUUCCAAAGUCAGAGCUGCUGUUGCAUCUGUUGUUUUUGAUAAAUUCCAUAAGACAUCAGCCAAACUAAUAAGAACAGCCAUCUUUGGUGUUGAUGAACAUGGAAAGAUUAGAAAAGAAUAUCUUAUGGCUAAGAAUAACCUUGUUAUAACUAAUGUUGAUAUCAAAACAGUUGAACCAGUUGAUAAUUAAACUAGAUAGAGUCUUUAAAGAUCUGUUUCAUUAGCUAUUGAAAUAUCAACCAAGAAAUAAGAAUAAGCUGCUUAACAUGUUGCUGAAUAAUAAGAAUAAUAAGCUCAAGGUGAAUUAGAUUAAUUGAGAAUUGAAGAUGAUCUUAAAGCAGAAGCUGCUAAAUAAAAAUUGCUUGAAAUGGAAAAUAAAUCAUAAGAAGUUACUUAAUAAGGAUCUGCCAUUGCAGAGGCUGAAGCAAUUGCCAAAGCUGAACAAAUCAAAGCAUAAAAGGAAUAUGAAUUAGCUCAAUUAAGAGCCAAAGCCAAUAAGAUUGAAAAAGAAGCUGCAUUGAAACAAAAGCAAAAGGAAUAAGAUUAAAAUAUUAAAUAUGAAUAAGAGAAGGCUGAACUUGAAAUCAGAAGAGCCAAAGAAUUAGCCUUAAUCGAAUCCAAUAAGUUUGAGCAAAUUAUUGAAGCUUUAGGAUAAGAUACUCUUAUUUCUAUGGCCAAUGCAGGACCAGAAAUGUAAGCUGAGUUGCUUAAGGGAUUGGGAUUAUAAGGUUACAUCUUCACCGAUGGAAAUAACCCUAUAAAUUUAUUUAAUGGAGCCCAACAAUUAAUUGGAGGAUCAUUGUCAUAAUGAUA